CUUUCUUUCUCUUUACUUGCAUCAAUAUGUUUACAGGGCUGAUUGAACACCUUGGACUCGUCUCCAAGGUAGAUCAUGACAGUGGUGGUUGUGCCCUCACGAUCUCUCAGUCCGCACCAAUUCUAGACGACUGCCACAUCGGUGAUUCGAUAGCAGUCAAUGGCGCUUGCCUGACCGUUAUCGAGUUCAAUCAGGAUGUAGAAGGCGGUUACUUCAAAGUAUGGCUCGCCAAUGAGACCUUGAGCCGAACGGAUCUAGGCAAGUCAUACUGCCGCAAAUAUUCAACGAUCACUUGGGAGCGUGUAGUUGGUGACCAGGUCAACCUGGAGCGCGCAAUGGGCUCACACGUGCGCUUUGGGGGACAUUUCGUGCAGGCCCAUGUCGAUACUACAGCUGUGGUUAUUGAUCAGGCGCCAGAUGGCGACUCUUUGCGCCUGCGUUUCCAGCUACCAGAGCCAACAUCGGACCGGCCAUCGCUGUUACCGUACAUCAUUCCCAAGGGAUAUGUCUGCAUCGACGGUGCUUCACUGACCGUCACUGAAGUUGAUGAUGCGCAAAGAACGUUUGGUAUCAUGCUCAUACAACAUACACAAGAGAAAAUCACUUUGGGGAAGAAGGCAAAGGGAUCAAAGAUCAAUAUUGAAGUCGACAUGGUGGGCAAAUACGUCGAGAAGAGUGUCCUUGCUGCUCUGGAAGGUGGGGGUAACCAGGUAUUGCGUACUUUCAUAGAGAAGAUCGUAGACGAGGCCCUUACACGGAAAGGGCUCUGAAAAGACGGCGGAAGCGCUAUAUUGUAAUUAAGUGUUGGAGAGGGCGUUUGAGGAAAUAAAGAUGGAACGGAUGCGUAUUCAUACUUUCCAUCCGGAUAUCAUUAAUUGUCUCUUGAUGUCCGGGAGCCAAGCGGAGUAGACCGUUUAUGUGAAUCUAUGGACUGCGACUGCGAC